UACGCAUUCUGUUGGUUACUUUGAUGUCAGCUAAUGAACCAAUUACAUUUCAAAUAACCAUGACCUAGUUUGUGAUUCAAGAUUAUGUACACUCCACAAAUCACUUCCAAAUGUUAAGCUAUUUCUGUAAAUUUGAAUUUCUAGUCUGAAUAAGGCAGUGUGAUUUAAUACAUCAAUCAAGCACUCACAAGAUGAAUCUUCUGGUCUGUUGCAAAGUGACUUCCAAACACGAACUCAUGAUACUGCUGAUUUUAUGGCUUCCUCUAUUACCACUCCUCCAUUUGUACACUCAGCGUUAUUUCAACAGGAGUGUGUCCACAGAGAUCAAUGGUUGUCGGCGAGCAUUGUUGAAGAACAGCAUAGAUUCGAAAGAGAAGACGGAAUGGAUAAAUCAGUCGAUAUUUUCCUUACGCAAACUGGCAGAUUCAUUUCCCUUCGGAUAUUCUCAUGAAAUCCUUCGACGUCGUGCAAUACAUUACGUGCAUGAAAUGAAUUACACCUUGAACAGCCUUCAAAAGCAACUGGCUGAUUUACAAAAGCUCAACGAAACAAUUGUUGAUAAUGCAACAAUAUUCUCGCUUGGAAACGAUUUGUCCAAGUUUCAACAACACGUCACAGAUAUACUUUUCAAUGUUGAGAGAGUUCUGAAUCAGUUGGGUCAAGUGGAUGGAUUUUCUGAGGAAAGAAAUUCCAAGCUAAAUGAGAUAUCUCAAAUCGUACAGAAAAGGAUUCGACAGUUACAGAAUCCGGCUGACUGCACAAAAGCCAAGUUUAUGACAUUCAAUUUCACGAAUUUGUGUGGAUUCGGUUGUUCCAUACACCAGUUGAGCUAUUGCUUACAACUGUCUUUGAUGACUGGACGUGUGUUGGUUGUGAAUAAACAUGAGACUGGAGAUAUAUUCCGCGAAUGGUUGCAGCAGAACAUCCUUCCAAUUUCUGACAACUGUAGUUAUAGAGACAUCACUUUUGAGUCAAAUAGUUUGGAGUGCCCUUAUUUGCUUUACGGUCCUGCAAAUAACAAUCACUGGAUUCCAAAUAUUCUACCAAGUGACUUGGCUAUAAAACUAUUUCAUUACCACGAAGCACCCUACGUUUGGUUUGCCGGUCAGCUGGCUGCAUUCAUUCUGCGGCCUAAACCUCAUCUAGCUGAGUUAAUCAAAGAGACAGUGAAGGAAUUCAAGUCAAAACAUCAUCUUGUUGUAGGUGUGCAUGUAAGACGUACAGACAAACUAAAGGAGGAAGCUGCGUUCCACGAUUUGACAGAGUACAUGAAACACGUGGAAAGCUAUUUCGAUUCAAUGAAUUAUACUUCACAAUCGAAGCAUCUGGACAAAUUCAAUUACACGAAUGAAGUAUCCAAUAGCAUUCACCAUUUUUCAGAAAACAAACGAAGCGUUUAUCUUACCACAGACGAAACUUCAGUUUUCGAAGAAAUUUCCAAGCUAUAUCCGCAUUAUAUUGUUUAUGGAAGUCCAAAUAGAUCCCAGUCAGCCGCUAUGAAUAGUCGUCAGAGUAUCUUUUCAAUGACAAAUGCAUUUGUUGAUAUCAUUGCAUUGUCACAGACAGAUAUUCUCGUCUGUACAUUAUCUUCAAAUGUGUGUCGUUUGGCCUAUGAAUUGAUGCAGACACGUCAUGAAGAAUUAGGAGACGCAACACAACUAGUUCGUUCUCUUGACUACAUGCAUCACUCAGAAGACUAUUCGAUGAUCAAAUUCGAUGUAAUCAUACCAGAUGUGAAAACAAAUUUACACUAUAACGACGAAGUCUAUUUAUACAGGAAUUAUUGGAAUGGGACAGGGGCCAUUAAAAGGAUUGAAGUAAAUGAGAAAAACCUAAUUGAAUUUGUUGCCUCUGCACGAAAGACUUCUUUUCUCCUACCUUCCUACAAAUUGAGACCACGAUAUACGAUAGCGAAUGUCACCUGGUCGUAGCAAUAAAUGCUUUGCUAAUUCAACUAGGCCAAUUUCAAAGAGUUAGUGGUAAAUAACGAUAGUGUGUUCCCGAAUUUAUUCUUGUAAAUAAACACAGACAUCGACCGAUAUCUUGAACAUACGCUCAUUUGUGUCUGAACACCGUUUCGUUUGAUUUCUAUUGAAGCCAAAAAUAUGUGCUUCACCUUAUAUUAUGCAGUCUGUAAUACCAUUUUCUUGAUAUUGGUGACAUGUGAGGAAUUCUCUGAAUGAUUUUAUGUAUCAUAAGAAAGGCAGUUUAUCAUUACAAUUCACAUAUGUUUGCUUCGCCUACACAUGCUUUGUAUGCAUUCAAACUGCAAUAACUUUUUUAACAGUGAUCUUCUCAUUAUGA